UCCAAGAUGGCGACGUAGAGACGGGUGAUGCUGCUAAGUGUCCAAAUAAUGACAGUUCUCCGUCAGUAACAACAGUUGGAUAAUUAAAAUGAAAUCGAACGGUACAUGUUUCGCUGUGUAUUUAACCAUCCGAUGGUAAAUAUGAUUUGACAUUCUGAAAUGGAGCGCACCCGUCAGCUGUUCAUUGCUUGUGAACAGGGGGAUGUUGUUUCUGUGCGAACGCUUCUUGACGAUGUUGAGGUCGACAGUGUCGAUGAUGACGGUAACACACCGUUACAGGUUGCAGCAGCUAAUGGCCACGAGAGCGUUGUCAGGGAGCUGAUAAUGAAGGGGGCAGCCUUGGACAAGCCUAACGUCUUUGGCUGGACGCCUUUAAUGCAAGCCUGUCGGUAUGGACACUCGAAUGUAGUCGGGACGCUACUUCAGAAUCAAGCGGAUAUUAACGCCAAUAACAGAUACGGUGCCUCAGCGUUGACUCUGGCAGGUAGAGGUGGACAUGUGGCGACAGUCGGGAUGUUGGUGGAUUACGGAAUCGAUCUGAAUGGUUCGGGGGGAGUAUGUGAAUUUACCCCCUUACUGGCGGCAGCUCAACAUGGUCAUGACACUGUGGUGAGGUUUGUCAUAGACAGAGGGUGUGAUGUGAAUUACAGGACUCCGUCCACGGGGCUGACGCCUCUUAUGCUUGCGGCUUUGAACGGUCACAUGACUACCUCACAGAUCUUGAUAGAGCAAGGCGGGGACCCCAAUCUUGUGAAUGUAAACAAUAAAACCGCGUUAGCUAUUGCCACGAUACGGAGGAAGAGAGAGGUUCGAGGAUACCUGGACAGGAAAACCACAAAUAAACCAGAAGUUGAAGUUUGCGAUUACCAUGAGGUUAAGCCGGACAUCAUUGAUGCAUCCAAACAUGGUGAUAUGACCCGUAUCCGAGAGAUCCUGGACAUUGACUUGAGCCAGAGAGAUGCUUCAGCACCACAAGAUGGCGCCACCCCUUUGAUGUUUGCAGCAAUGACAGGGCGGCUGGACAUUGCAGAGUUGUUGGUGGUUCGGGGGUGUGACAUCAACAAGCAGGACACCAUCAGCGGUUGGACAGCUCUCAUGCAGGCCACAUACCAUGGGAAGAAGAACGUGGCCAUGUAUCUGCUGAACUGUGGUGCUGAUGUAACUAUUCAAGCCAAGAAUGGAUGUACCGCCUUUGACAUGGCCUCCCUCAUAGAUGACGUGGACACGGAGUUACUGCGGCAGCUGGCAGCGAAGGCCAUGCAGGUGUGUAAGGCCGACAGGGGCAAGAAGAACUGGGCCAAGCACAACGGCAAUGUUGCAGCGACACUUCCACCGGACUUCAGCCUUGAAGAUCAUCCUAAGAGUGGCCUCAAGGCAUGGUGGAAUCGUUUAUCCAACAGGUUUCGGAAUCUCAAACUGGGGCGCACAUUCAACAUGUCCAACCGAUUGGCUCCAAUGCCACUUCAACACACCACGUCCAUGCAGGAUUUGUCAACGAAGACGCCAAGGUCACCAGAGCACCAGCAGAUCCAGACGGCGCGGGUGGAGACCCAGAAGCUCCUUGACCCCACCCAGACAGCGCUGUCCAUGACCAGCUACAAGUCCAUGCUCCUUGAAACUAAGAAGAGUGCCGCCUUGUACACACUGGACAUCAACCCACCUCGCUCCAACCUGACCAGCGAGUCACUCAAACCUGUGAUUCCCCCCAUCCUGCCGGCGCCGAGCUUCUGUCUGGACAACUCCCCGGACGAUGCCCGCCAUGCAGCUAGUCACUGGCACACAACCAAGUCCAUUGAGGAGGACGGCAGUAGCACAUUGAACUCCCGUAGAGCAGUGAGCAGCCCGAUGAAAUUUCUAGGCAACCGUUCCCCAGGUAACAUCCGGCGCCAUUACGCAGCUAACGCCCUCUCUCCUCACCUGCCUACUAAAACCAUUAGUCAUGCCUCCUUCAACGGGGCGACUAGUCCCACCAUUAACAUUAACCCUGCUGCUGAUGCUGUAGCUACCGAGUGUGUGUUGGAUGCUCAGAGUGAACCCCUGCCUGCCCCUACCAACCUCACGAAGCCAGGUGACUUGUUUACGCCCAGCCCUAACAUUCCUCGGAGUCAGUACAGCAGUCAACACCAGACACGUCUCUUCAUGCCCAGACGCAAGUCUUCAACGGUGCCAACAGGAUUCCGAACCAUGUCCAACACCACCUCCCCCAACAGCUCAACUAGCGGCAGUUCCUCUAUCACCCCACAGAGGUCCUCGCAUGGGAAGAGUCCAUCUUCCAAGGGGAGCACCACCUCCACACUAACCCCAUCACCUUCACCCACCCCUGGAAAGAACAGCGAUGAUGCAGGCCCCAUGCUGGAUUCACUCCAGGAAUCUGCUCAAAAUGAUGAAGUGUCGGGGAUCCUAAAGAAGCUGUCUCUGGAAAAGUACCACCCCAUCUUUGAAGAGCAGGAGGUUGACAUGGAGGCCUUCCUGACGCUGACGGAUGACGAUCUGAAGGAACUGGGAAUCUCCAACAACGAAUCUCGACGUCAGAUUCUGACUGCCAUCACUGAGCUGAAUACAGGGAAGGGCAGAGAACGGCAGCAGUUCGUGGACACCAUGGCCAGUUUCCAGUCUACGCUGAGGGAGCGAAACAUAUCGGAUGGAGCUGAGAUCAGAAACCUGAUGGGAUGGGCCAUGUCUGAAGACAGAGAUCCGCAUAUACCAUCUGCAAAAUCACGGUCGUCAUAGCAACUGCUUUACAUUAUCAGUCAUGGUCGUCAUAGCAACUGCCAUUUCUGAAGACAGAUCCACAUAUACCAUCUGUAAAAUCAUGGUCGUCAUAGCAACUGCUUUACAUCAACAAAGACAGAGAUCCGCAUAUACCAUCUAAAAAAUUCACGGUCGUCAUAGCAACUGCUUUACAUCGGCAAAGUCAUUGUUGUCAUAGCAACUGCCAUGUCUGAGAACAAAAAUCCACAUGUGCCAUCUGCAAAAUCACGGUCGUCAUAGCAACUGCUUUACCCUGAUGUCUAAAGACAGUGCUCCACAUAUACAAUCAGCAAACUCAUGGUCGUCAUAGCAACUGCCAUGUCUAAAGACAGAGAUCCACAUGUACUAGCUGCAAAAUCACAAUCGUCAUAGCAACUGCUUUGAAAUGAUGGAAUGGGCCAUGUCUGAAGACAGGGAUCCACACAUAACAUCAGCAAAGUCACAGUCGUCAUAGCAACUGCUUUAAGCUGAUAUGAAUGGCCAUGUCUCAAGGCAGGGAUCCACAUAUGCCAAUGGCAAAUUCAUGGUCGUCAUAGCAACAUUGUCACAUUGUUAUCAUUUCAUCACAGGAGGAGUGAAUGUGUUCCGAUGGAUGCCAGCCAUGUUAUGGUGCAAAUUCUUUAUAUCUGUUUGUGUACAUAUUGUGAAUAUUGUACAUAUUGCAUAUGGAAAUGUGUUUUGUUGAAUUGUCCAGAUUUUAUUGGUGUUUACAGAGGGUUUGUUUUAAAUUGAUUAGGUGCUUUUCCGUCCUUAACGCUGAUUUAUUCAGAUGAGUUUGUUUCUCAUUAUCAUCGGUUUUAUUUCCUAUGUAUGGAAGGUUCUGUAUCUGGUGCCAUUUGGACUUCUCAGUCUCAGAGGGAAUCAGGGAGGGUCAUCAAAGUAAUACCCAUAUUUGGGGAGGGUCUUGAAAAGUAGGAAAAUAUCAAGUGCUUUUGCAUUUUGCCUUAUCAGGGAGGGCCAUCCAAAAAUUUGACAAGCUUGAAUAUAUUUUGCCAAAUUAUUUUCACUGAGACAUAUUGCAAUCAUGGGUUAAUAAACCACAGGCACCUGUGUCAAAAUAACCCUAUUCAGUGUGAUGUUAUACACUGGGUAAUCAAGCAUCUGCCAAGGAGUUACUUGUGUGAAUAUGUCGACACUCCACAUGACCCAGUGGCAAUCUCUCAUAGGACACAAUGUCUCUCUGUGCUUUAAUGAAAGUUCAUCUUCCCGAGGCAACAGGGUUAACUGAAGAGUCCAGUUACCUCCCUUGCCAAAUUAGGCUUUAGUUUCAUGGCUUGAUCGUAGUCACUUGUGGCUAUUAUGAGUUAUCUCCCUUCUAUGUCCCUCUUACAAGCUCCUCACAGCGAUAGCCCGUUCACGGAGCUCUCUAUACUAUCGCUGCCACCAGUCAAAACUACCCACUGUGAGCAGCUGGCCACAACCAUCCUUGGGAGUUGAACUCGCAACCGAAUUACCGUUAUGUUUACAAACAAAUGAUGACUGUUGUGACGCCAAAUACACUUACCCCUGCUAAAUUACUUUCUUUGUUUGUCAAUUUGGAUUUCUUUAAAACUAUCAUGUUAUUGAUAUAGUAAGAAUGUAAGGGAGAAGUUGGUUGAUUUUCCGUUAGUCCGCAAUC